AUGAGCAGGAGGUUGCGCAGCGGACGCAACUACGACGCAUCCAAGGUUCCUACCGCCCCCAAGAGGCGGGCCGAUAAGCGCAUGGCUCCGAAAACAGCCAACCGCGUGGAACCCGAGACGUCGAACAAGACCACUGAUGAGCAAGCGAUUGUACCAGCGAGAAGAGUACAGCUCACCUUUGGCACCAUGCCCCAAGGCGCAAGAGAGCCUGGCGAGCGCAUGGUAGUGCUGGGUGUCGGGAAGCGCCAGGGAAUAGCCUUCGCCGACACCGAGGGAGUCAAGUUAUCUCCCUCGGCCUAUGUGGCCCUCACGCAACGAGCCCCACCUAUCCGGAAGGUGUUGAGCUGGCCGUUGCCGAUUAAAGAGACCCGCCGAGAAGCGGAUGCCCCCAUGAACAGGGAAGCGACCUCAGAACAGAGCGUCGAACUCGUCGAGCGAGCGUCGGUCGAGCAGACAAGCGCUCCCGCAUAUGCUGACGACCAGCGAGCAACUUCGGAAGUCCCUACGACCCCCAACAUAGGCGCGGAAAGUAGGAGGGAAUCGGACGACGAGAUAUUCGUAACGGCUAGGACGAGCCGUGUACUAAAUGAGAGCAUCGUCCUGGAUGAUGACGGCAAGCCCGUGUUAGCGCAAUAUAUAGUUAUUGAUGAGAAGGAAAGCGAGACACCUUCCAAGAAUAGUAAGCGCAAGCGUACCCGCCGUAAGUCUAAGGGUAAAGGCAAGGAAAAAGAGCUGGACAUCAGUGUCAGCACCGAAUCCAAGUCUACGGCUAAUCAUGAGGGCCUCACCUGGGACGAAGAGGUACGCCGAGCCAAUGGCAACAACGGGGGCCCAGGCGAUGUUGAGGAACUACCAGACGUUAGCGACUGGGUUAAUCCUAACUGGUCACAAUCGGAUUACAUACCCACGAGUGAAGGAGAUUGUACCGAAGCUGAAAGCGGAAACGGAAGCGUUGAAGUAAACGCGCUGAUAUACGAGCUGGCGGAUGAGUACGCAUUUGAUGAUGAGGAGUAUGCAUCAGUACUCCGGAACCUGAGGAGCUCCGAAAGGUCAGAAAGCACUCACAGUCAGACGAGGGGGGCUGGACCAUCGAGACAACCGCGCGUUACAAUCGAGGAAGUCGAUAGCGGGUCAGAGGACACGACAACAAGUUGCACCAGGUCACACAAGAGUAAGGGAAAGGCGAAGGCUAAGGCUAAAGGCAAGAAGAGGAAACGUCCUAGCCUGGGAGCCGCAUUGGAUGACCUAGAAGGGACGCGAGAGCGUCACGUACGACGAACAGACCCCCAAAGCACGCCAAACGCAUACAGGGGCGGGGGAUACCUGGAGGGUAUCAUAGAAUCAACCCCGGCUAGGAAGACUAGUAAGACAACCCGAACGGAUAUGGGGAAGGCCAGUGAACCCAGACGCAAGGAACAACGACGGGAGCGGUCGACUGAGAGAAGGCCCCCGUCACCAUCUGAAUCAUCCAAGUUGUCAGAGACGGAUAGCGAUGAGACUGAAUCCACGCAUACAAGCAGGUAUGGAGGUGGGGGACCUCCAGAUCCAUCAGAUAGUGGAUCCGAAACAGCCGACUCGUCCGACUCAAGCUGGACCGAAUCGUCGGCACGAUUGCGCGAUGAUAACCGUCGGAGGAAUAGACGGCUGGAGGAAUUAGUCGCGAAGCUCAAGAAGCAAAACAAGAAACUUGAGCGAAAGGUGGUCACGCAAGCGCGAUCAGGAUACAAGGCACAGUCACCCAAGACGUAUAAGGGCGAAGCGGACAUUGACAAGCUGGAUAUGUUCAUAUUCAGUUACGACCUAUACGUCAGUGAUACUAGAUUGAGCAACAGCAAGGCAGUGCUCACUGUCAGCCGAUUCCUGGACGACAAGGCCGCGUCUUGGUACAUGUUGAACGUUGCACCGGACCCCGGAAGCUACUCAAUGGAAUCAAUAUAUGUCGGACUAUAUGACUACUGCUUCCCACCAGAUUUCAAGGACGACAUGAGGAAGUUGUAUAAUGAAAAGAAGCAGGGAGAUUUGGGCGUGCAAGAUUAUUUUGCCAAAUUGGCUCGCUUACGAAGACGCUUACGGGAAGUCACAGACCACCAACAUGUGCUGAGAGUUUGGGACGGUGCAGCCCAAUAUAUUAAAGUGGGAUGGGCACUCAAAGGCAUGAGACCGGAAGCGACUACAUGCAAAACAUUGCGAGAAACAGCGCUGGACAUAGAGCGCGCGCACAAGUACAAACGGUCAAUUGAGAAAUCGGGAAAUGACAAAUCGGGAUCAAGAAGGAACCGAUCGCGUAGUCCUUUGCAAAAGCAUGACCGUGCUUCUAAUUACAAGAACCCGGGGGACAAUCAAAGCGGCGGAAACCGCGGCGAUAACAAAGGGACUGGAUACAACAGUAACAGUAACGGUAACCGGCAGAACAAGCGCCCGAACGAAUACAUGCGCGGCGGACAGGCAAAAGGCCGCGACGGACAGGAGAACCAGCGAAGAAAACUUACCGACGAGAAGAAAGCUGAAUUGAGGGCGGCUGGGCUCUGUUUUGAAUGCGAACAAUCGGGUCACCUGUCCAAGGACUGCCCGAAGUUCCACAAGGCCAAACCAUCGCAUGUCAACGCGAACGCGGUUAAAGUACGCCCCAAGAGCAAGGUCAGGGUGUCGUCAGUCAUGCUCAAAGAGCUAGACGAACUCACCAGGCUGAAGGAAAAAAUCGAAAUCAACGUAGUGGGCGUCGGGCGGAAGAACAAAGAGCCGGGACCGAAACAUGUUGAGCGAAACGCUAUCAAGGUUAAGGACCACACAAGGAAGGUCCCGAACACGCUGAUAGUUGAAGCCAAGCUCGAAGGCGAGUCCGUUCGCGUACUGCUAGACUCGGGGUGCCAAACUGACAUAGUAUCCACUACCAUUGUUGACCAACUCAGGUUACCGAAAGUGAAACUCACGAAACCGCUGCAAGUACAGUUGGCAAUGGCAGGGUCGCGAGGGACACUACAUUAUGGUGUAAAAGCUAGAAUAGAAUACCAAGGAAUUGAUGAGUAUCAAGAUUUCGAUGUGGGGAAUUUAGACAACUACGACUUGAUAAUGGGAACACCAUUCCUAUUCCAACAUAGCGUACGACUAAGUUUCAACCCAUACGGGGUAUACAUCGGGUCUACAAAAUCCCUACCACUCGACGGGGAGCAAGUAAUACAGAUUAAUUCGUUGUCCGCGGACAUCGUCGGACUGCGGAUGGCUGAACUGCGUGACAUGCUCAGAGACAAAGCGGCGAAUGUGUGCAAGCCCAAGGACGGUAAUACACCCCUACCACCUUUCCGAGCAAUAAACCAUCGCAUACCAUUGAUAGACGAGCAGAAAACAUACCGUUUCAGGCCCUCGAGAUGCCCGGAGGCGCUGAAAGGACAAUUCAAGUCUAAGGCAAGAGAAUACUUGGGAUCGGGUCAAUGGAAGCAUAGCACCGGCUCAAACGCAAUACCAAUGUUAUUCAUACCCAAGAAGAAAGACGGAAGUAUUGAGCUACGCACCGUGUUAGACAAGCGCGAACAAAACGCGAAUACGGUGAAAAUGGCAUCACCAUUGCCGUUACCCAAAGAUAUCCUCGCCAAAGUCAGUAGGCAUAAGUAUCGAACGCUACUGGACGGGAAGGACGCUUACGAGCAGAUUCGGGUGGUACCCAAAGACGUGCAUAAGACGUUGUUCCACACGCCUAUGGGGACUAUGGUUAGUCACGUAAUGCAGCAAGGGGACUGUAACGCGGGCGCGACAUACCAAGCGCUGAUGAACCAUAUCUUUGCGCCGUAUAUAGGAGUAUUCAUGUUCGUAUACCUUGACGACAUAGUAAUAUUCUUGGAUACGUUAGAAGAGCAUGUGAAACACAUACGUACCAUAUUGGGAGUACUCAAACGCGAACGGCUCUUCCUGAGCCCAAGUAAGAUGCAAUUCCUAGCUGAAGAAUUGCGUAUACUGGGGCAUAUAGUUGACGAGAAGGGGAUCAGAAUGGACCCGCAUAAAGUCGACUCGGUGUCCAAGUGGAAGACGCCUGAAUCAAAAGAACAAUUAGCUAGCUUUCUAGGUGCGGUUGGAUACCUAGCACCGAACUGCCCAGGUAUUCGCAUACCAAUGGCGCCGUUGGCUAAGAGAGCGAGUGGCGACACACCAUUCAGAUGGGGAGGCACCGAGGAACGUGCCUUCCGUGACACGAUUAAAUUGGUGGAAGAGUUCCGUGAUAGACAUCGCGUGGCGCUCAAAUACGGCAAGAACGAGCCACCUAUAUACCUAAUUACAGACGCUAGCUUGACAGGGGCGAGCGGACUAGUAAGCCAAGGCAAAGAGUGGCAAACGGCGCAAGUAGCCGCGUUCUGGUCCGCCAAGUUCACCACGGCUCAACAGAACUACUCAGUCACGGACCGGGAAGCGUUAGCUGUGGUGUGCUCACUAGAUAAAUUCGGACCGUUACUACAUGGGGUCGAGUUUACGAUACUCAGCGACCACAAGGCGCUCGAGUACCUACAGACUCAGAAGGAUCUCAACCCGCGACAGGUACAAAUGGCGGAGAAACUGAGUCAAUUCAAUUGCACAAUUAAAUACAUUGAGGGAUCAAAAAACGUCCUCGCGGACGCUCUAUCGCGGAUGUAUAGUGAGGACAAGAAAGGCACUGAGCGUGCAGAGAGCAAGUUCGUGCCAGACUACGAGGAGGAAGACGGCAUACGGGACGCGCGUGCGCGUAACCAAUCAGUGACCCGACCAGUAGUAACCGGGAUGGCGGCCAAGGUGGCGAGCGAGAGCCAGACCACGUCGGCAGGUGUCCGACGGAACCCGGAGCGCAAAAGAGUGGCCCCGGUUUGCUACGACCCGGAAAUACCGGGAAGAGCGGGGCAAAGGACCAGGGCACCGCGUAACCAAGGAAAUGAGCGCGUGAAAGAAAAUUGGAACCCCGACAUACGUGAUGAAUUUGUUGGGGAACAAAUUGCGGAAGAGGACUCGAGAGAAACCGAGCCCGACAAAAGAGAAGAGACCUCACCAGCAAGCGUUGAGCUGGAGGGCGGGAGUCGGGCGGACAACAAACGAGACAAGUGGGACCCGUUAGACCGCUCAGAUCACCGACAGAUCACGACGCUGGUGAAAGAGUUAGACGUGAAUGAGGCAAUAGCAAACGGCUACCAGAGUGACAAGGAUUACGCAAGAAUAGUGAAUGAACCAUUGCGUUUCGCUCAAUUUGAGCUACGCGACAAUUUACUAUAUUUCACAGAACACGGUAGGACGUACCUAUGCGUCCCAGACACCACGGUUGGGGAAUGGCACAUAAGGACGUUACUGAUAUCACACGCGCACUCGAUAGUGUCACACCUAGGAUACAAGAAGACAUACGCAUAUAUGAGGGAAAGUCUAUAUUGGAAAAAUAUGGCUAAAGACGUGGAGAAAUUCUGUGCAGCAUGCGUGUCUUGCGCAUCAUCCAAGAAGUCGACUCAGAAACCGUACGGGCUGCUGAAACCAUUACCGGUACCCAAAUACCCGUGGGCACAGAUUGGCGUCGAUUUCCUGGGACCAUUAACGGAAUCGGCGACCCUACUGGGUAAAUUCGACAUGGUAUGCGUGGUAAUCAACCACCUUACGUGCAUGGCGCACUUGAUACCAACAAGAUUGGACUACACGGCCCGCGACAUGGCCGAGGUAUUUCACGCGAACGUCUUUAGGCUGCACGGGGUACCCGAGAUCAUCAUUAGCGACAGAGACAAGUUAUUUACAUCGAUCUUCUGGAAGACGCUCUAUGAACUAUUAGGUACCGAACUGAGACUGUCGUCGGCGUUCCACCCACAGACGGAUGGGCAGACCAAAAGACUCAUACGCACGAUACUGGCGCUGAUACGCGUGUGCAUAAACCCAGCGUUGAGAGACUGGGCAACCAAGUUACCUAGCAUUGAGUUCGCAGUAAACUCUGCUAGGUCGGAGACCACCGGGUUCAGUCCAUUUGCACUGAAUUACGGACGAACCCCACGUCCGAUAUUAGUGCGAACCAAUACUGAUAUGUACGGGGUACGCGACGCGGCCCGCAACAUCAAAUACGCACUAAUGAUAGCACACGAUGCCAUCAUUGGUUCGCGAAUAAGUCAGAUGGUCGAAGCUAACAGACAUAGAAGACCUUCACCGUUUAAGACCGACGACUUAGUAUAUGUUAGUACCAAGAACAUGAGAGUACCGCUGGGGAAACCACACAAGCUAUUGGCGCAAUGGAUCGGACCAGUAAGAAUAGACGGUGUGGUCAAGGAAGGGGCCACUUACCACGUAGAGUUGCCCGAUGACUUGAAGCGAAGAGGGAUAAAGCCAAUAUUCCACGCGUCGCUACUGAAACCACACGUACCAUAUGAGGAUCGUCGCUUCCCGGGAAGGAACUACAAGCAGAUAGCCUCCUUAGAAGCCGAUGAUGAUGAAUGGGCGGUUGAGCGGAUAGGUGGACAUCGCGGCAAGGGGAAUAACGCGAUGUUUGAGAUAGUAUGGCAAUCGGGAGACCGUACCUGGGAAUCAUACCGCGUGGUACGGCACCUUGAGGCCCUAAAACAAUAUUUCGAAGCCUUAGGGAUCAGCCGCACUAAAGAGCUACCGUGGAAAGAAGACGGGGAAGUACCGUACGAUGAGCUUAGCGAUAGUGGGUCUGAAACCAUCGAAUGCGCAAGCGUAAGGGUACUUAAGGAAGCGAUAUGGGAACCUCAACCGGUCAUCAGCACCAUAUUUCACUGCCUAAGACUAGAUCCUUUAUUAUCGCACUUGACUCUAUCUACAAAAUGUACUACGGCCGGCGAAGACGCCGCAGUCGCGACCGAGAACGGCGGCGGGAUGCACCACCAGCGUACGACCCAGGGCCCGACGAACGAGUCGAUGCAGGUUUACUACGGCUGCUCAACACGGUGGCCCAGACCAGCCUCGAAACCGUUAGGGCAAGAAACGCUCCACCCCCCCAAAGGGGAAGGCGAGGACGGUUCGGGAGGCCGAACAUGGCCAGGUCCCCGCACGUCGGGAGAGGUCAGAUGGACCUGUACGAAGGUAUUGUUGGCGUCAGUACCAAUGGGCCAUUGCGUGCACGACCGAGAGAGCGGACUUACCAAGGGUCAUCUACAGGAAGACGCCUUAAACGGCGACGCACUCGACUUAAUGCUAGGAAUCGCGGCCGAUCACCUACCAGAAGCACGUCGGCCUCCCGGUCUAGCGAUGGAUCCACCGUACGAGGAAGAAGUACUUCGACCGAGCAUGGACGAAGAACGCGAACGGGAGGAAAACGAGCGCGUACCCGAUCCAGUCCCUACGACCCUACCGGAUCCGGUCGAGAGGAGACCGGCGAAUCAUCCGAGGAGACCAGCGACGGAACCGACCCAGGCAGGGACGGUUGGACUGCAAGUCAACGAGCUGGCAAGGAAGGUAUCGCGGGCGAUUCUCUCGGUCGAGAACGUCAUAUCAGGAGUGGGACAUCAUGGAAGACAUGUCCCGUAUCGCGCUUCGAGCACUAAGGAUAGAAGACGAACCCAGGAUCGGGGACGCAAACUACCCCCAGGAGCUGAUCAGGAGGGCGUAUCCCAUGCCCCAGAUGCCAGAGUCGACGGAGAGGGCGAUCGACGACCUCAUACUGGGGAUCGAGGAGCACUGGGCGACGGUCAGGGGGAACAAGGCGACUUUGAGACACUACGUACUGUCGAGGCUCCCGAAUCCAGCAUCGGAGAGGACGAGGACGAGCCCUCACCUGGCAGCGACGCAGGAGCCGAGCCGGCCAUCGUCGGCGACCGAGACGACCCAGAUGUCCGCGAUGCCACUGACCACGUUGCCAAGUGGACCAACCUCGGGCCAGACAUCGAGAUGCGGGACGCCGACAAGGGACUCAAGACCAUCGAGCCUGAACAACCUUGCAUCUCCCCAAGGAAGCUCGAACUCAAGCGAUCUUCUACGCGUCGAGGAUCUGAUCGAAACGACGGAAAAGGAGGAGAGCGAACCGACGGAGGAAAGGGAAGGAAGUGA